GGCCGCGGGCUCAGAGCGCGAUCGGCAACAAUGUUUACGUUCCGGGGAUUAUGACGUCGACGCCUCCCCCCCCACAACUGCUGAAAAUGGUUUCCUAGGACUUUGCAAACGGAUCUGCUUAAGUGUUGGUGCAAAACUUUGUAGAUCUCGGCUCUGGCUUGCUUUAUUUAUUUAUUUUUUUGGUUUGUUUUCUUUGGUCUUCUCUCCUUACCCCCUCUGCCAAAAUGCAGGGGGCAGGAGUGUUGACAAUUAAUUGGUGAACUCUCCUAAAAAAAUGGAGGCAGAGAAAGACUCUGGAAGAAGAUUGCGCCCGAUUGACCGCCAGAGAUACGACGAGAACGAGGACUUGUCGGACGUGGAGGAGAUCGUUAGCGUCCGCGGCUUCAGCCUGGAGGAGAAGCUGCGCAGCCAGCUGUACCAGGGGGACUUCGUGCACGCCAUGGAGGGCAAAGAUUUCAACUACGAGUAUGUGCAGAGAGAAGCCCUCAGGGUUCCCCUGAUAUUUCCAGAGAAGGAUGGACUGGGAAUUAAGAUGCCGGACCCUGACUUCACUGUCCGCGACGUCAAGCUGCUGGUGGGCAGCCGGCGGCUGGUGGACGUGAUGGACGUGAACACGCAGAAGGGCAUGGAGAUGAGCAUGUCCCAGUUCGUGCGCUACUACGAGACGCCGGAGGCUCAGCGGGAGAAGCUGUACAACGUGAUCAGCCUGGAGUUCAGCCACACCAAGCUGGAGCACUUGGUCAAGCGGCCCACUGUGGUAGACCUGGUGGACUGGGUGGACAACAUGUGGCCCCAGCACUUGAAGGAGAAGCAGAUGGAAGCCACAAACGCCAUUGCGGAGAUGAAGUACCCGAAAGUGAAGAAGUACUGUCUGAUGAGCGUGAAGGGUUGUUUCACUGACUUCCACAUCGACUUCGGCGGCACGUCUGUCUGGUACCAUGUUUUCCGGGGUGGGAAGAUCUUCUGGCUGAUCCCGCCAACCCUGCACAACUUGGCGCUGUACGAGGAGUGGGUGCUGUCGGGCAAGCAGAGUGACAUCUUCCUGGGAGACCGCGUGGAGCGCUGCCAGAGAAUCGAGCUGAAACAGGGCUACACGUUCUUCAUCCCUUCCGGCUGGAUCCAUGCGGUCUACACUCCGGUGGACUCGCUGGUGUUCGGCGGAAACAUCCUGCACAGCUUCAACGUGCCCAUGCAGCUGCGGAUCUACGAGAUCGAGGACAGGACGCGGGUGCAGCCCAAAUUCCGGUACCCCUUCUACUAUGAGAUGUGCUGGUAUGUGUUGGAGAGAUACGCGUACUGUGUGACCCAGCGGUCCUUCCUCACUCAGGAGUACCAGAGGGAGUCGAUGCUGAUUGAUGCCCCAAGAAAGCCCAGUGUAGACGGCUUCUCGUCGGAUUCCUGGCUGGAGAUGGAGGAGGAGUCUUGCGAGCAGCAGCCCCAGGAGGAGGAGAAGGAGGAGGAGGAGGAGGAAGAAGAGGGUGCGGAUAAAGCACCCAAGCCGUCUGCCGAGGGCCCUGCCUCGCCCACCAGCACCCCCUCGGAGGACCAGGAGCCCCCCGGAAAGAAGCCCAAAGCCCCCGCCCUGCGGUUCCUGAAAAGGACGUUGUCGAACGAGUCCGAGGACAGUGUGAAGUCCACGGCACUGCCCGCAGAGUACCCCAAGACGCCCACGGGCUCCCCCACCCCCGAGGGCUCUGCCAGAUGGACCCACCUCACCGAGUUUGAGCUGAAGGGCCUGAAAGCUCUGGUGGAGAAGCUCGAAUCCCUCCCGGAAAACAAGAAGUGCGUCCCCGAGGGCAUCGAGGACCCCCAGGCACUCCUGGAGGGCGUGAAGAAUGUCCUGAAGGAGCAUGCGGAUGACGACCCCAGUCUGGCUAUCACCGGGGUCCCCAUAGUCACUUGGCCAAAGAAGACUCCAAAGAACCGGGCCAUAGGGCGGCCCAAGGUGAAGCUGGGCCCCACCUCCGCGGUGAAGUUGGCCGCCAACCGGACCACGGCCGGAGCGCGCCGGCGCCGGACGCGAUGCCGCAAGUGCGAGGCCUGCCUGCGGACCGAGUGCGGGGAGUGUCAUUUCUGCAAGGACAUGAAGAAGUUCGGGGGCCCCGGGCGGAUGAAGCAGAGCUGCAUCAUGCGGCAGUGCAUUGCGCCAGUGCUGCCCCACACGGCCGUGUGCCUGGUGUGCGGUGAGGCAGGGAAGGAGGACACGGUGGAGGAGGAGGAAGGCAAGUUCAACCUCAUGCUCAUGGAGUGCUCCAUCUGCAACGAGAUCAUCCACCCCGGAUGCCUUAAGAUUAAGGAGUCAGAGGGCGUGGUGAACGAUGAGCUUCCCAACUGCUGGGAGUGUCCGAAGUGUAAUCACGCCGGCAAGACCGGGAAAGCCUACAAGCAAAAGCGUGGCCCCGGUUUUAAGUACGCGUCCAACCUGCCCGGCUCCCUGCUCAAGGAGCAGAAGAUGAACCGCGACAACAAGGAAGGCCCGGAGCCCGCGAAGCGCAGGAGCGAGUGUGAGGAGGCGCCGCGGCGCAGGUCGGACGAGCACCCCAAGAAAGUGGCCCCAGACGGCAUCCUGCGCCGAAAGUCGGACGACGUGCACCUUCGGAGGAAGAGGAAAUACGAGAAGCCCCAGGAGCCGAGUGGACGGAAGAGGGCCUCGACGCUGCAGACGUCCCCCGGUUCCUCCUCUCACCUCUCGCCGAGGCCCCCUCUAGGCAGCAGCCUCAGCCCCUGGUGGAGAUCCAGUCUCACUUACUUCCAGCAGCAGCUAAAACCAGGCAAAGAAGAUAAGCUUUUCAGGAAAAAGCGGAGGUCCUGGAAGAACGCUGAGGACCGGAUCGCUCUCGCCAACAAGCCCCUCCGGCGCUUCAAGCAGGAGCCCGAGGACGACCUGCCUGAGGCGCCCCCCAAGACCAGGGAGAGCGACCACUCCCGCUCCAGCUCCCCGACGGCUGGGCCCAGCACUGAGGGUGCGGAGGGCCCCGAGGAGAAGAAGAAGGUCAAGAUGCGCCGGAAACGGCGGCUGCCCAACAGGGAGCUGAGCAAGGAGCUGAGCAAGGAGCUCAACCAGGAGAUCCAGAAGACGGAGAGCAGCCUGGCCAACGAGAACCACCAGCCCAUCAAGUCGGAGCCCGAGAGCGAGAACGAGGAGCCCAAGCGGCCCCUGGGCCUCUGCGAGCGCCCGCACCGCAUCAGCAAGGGGCUCAACGGCACGCCCCGGGAGCUGCGGCACCAGCUGGGGCCCGGCCUGCGCAGCCCGCCCCGCAUCAUCUCCCGGCCCCCGCCCUCCGUGUCCCCGCCCAAGUGCAUCCAGAUGGAGAGACACGUGAUCCGGCCGCCGCCCAUCAGCCCCCCGCCCGACUCGCUGCCCCUGGACGACGGGGCAGCUCACGUCAUGCACCGGGAGGUGUGGAUGGCCGUCUUCAGCUACCUCAGUCACCGGGACCUGUGUGUCUGCAUGCGGGUCUGCAGGACCUGGAACCGCUGGUGCUGCGAUAAGCGGUUGUGGACCCGCAUAGACCUGAACCACUGCAAGUCCAUCACGCCGCUGAUGCUGAGCGGCAUCAUCCGGCGGCAGCCUGUCUCCCUGGACCUCAGCUGGACCAAUAUCUCCAAGAAACAGCUGAGUUGGCUCAUCAACCGGUUGCCUGGGCUCCGAGACUUGGUGCUGUCGGGCUGCUCGUGGAUCGCGGUCUCAGCCCUCUGUAGCUCCAGUUGCCCGUUGCUCCGGACUCUGGACGUCCAGUGGGUAGAAGGGCUAAAGGACGCCCAGAUGCGGGAUCUCCUGUCCCCGCCCACGGAUAACAGGCCAGGUCAGAUGGACAACCGGAGCAAGCUCCGGAACAUCGUGGAGCUGCGCCUGGCGGGCCUGGACAUCACGGACGCCUCCUUGCGGCUCAUCAUCCGCCACAUGCCCCUGCUCUCCAAGCUCCACCUCAGCUACUGUAACCACGUGACUGACCAGUCCAUCAACCUGCUCACCGCCGUGGGCACCACCACCCGAGACUCCUUAACCGAGAUCAACCUGUCAGACUGCAAUAAGGUUACUGACCAGUGCCUGUCCUUCUUCAAACGCUGUGGAAAUAUCUGUCAUAUUGACCUGAGGUACUGCAAGCAAGUCACCAAGGAAGGCUGUGAGCAGUUCAUCGCGGAGAUGUCUGUGAGUGUCCAGUUCGGGCAAGUGGAAGAAAAACUCCUGCAGAAACUGAGUUAGUCCGAGGACUGGCGUGUACAUACGCGGGGCCGGCGGGGCGAGGGGAGGGCAGGGGAGGGUGAGAGACCUUACAGAAACGAGGGCUUUUCUUCUCCAUCCGGGACUCGGAGCAACCGCGGGACGGUGCGGUUUUGCAAGUCUUGCCGAGGGCGAAGCCGUUCGGGGGGGUGAGCGGGCCGGACGCUGUCCUCUGGCCUGACUCGUGCCCGCACCGCUGCCGGGACCGGUCCGAAGGCGGCCUUGACCACGAAGACAUUCCUGCUGGGAGCACGAUGAACUUUCAGAGAAAUUCUCUCACUGAAGCAUGAGCUUAGGAGGUUUUUUUUUUUUUCUUCUUUUUUCUUUGGUGGUGGUGUUUUGUUCUGGGCACCUCGUUCCUUGCGACUCGGGGGUUUCUGGUGUCAGCCUGAAGUGGACCACACGCCACGUCUGCCGUCUCGACACACUUUUGUUUGGUUUUAUGACAUCUUACAUGAUGCAGAAUUAUUUUUGUACAAAUUGUUUAAAAAGUUAUUUAUGCAAGGUCUGAAUGCAUACCAGUGUUUUUAUUGUUUUCUGAUUGCCAACUUUCCUGGUUUCCUUAAGGUAGGAGAGAACUGAACCUGUACUCCAUCGACACGAAUAAUCCAGUUACACAUGUGCCCAGGUCUGGCAGAGCGGGCCGAGACCUUCCAGUUAAAAGCAUGUUUACCUGGAAGCUGAGAGCCUGCUUUGUACGUCAAGAAGUUCCAUAAGCAUGUUGUGCAUAUAUGUAAAUUAUAGUCAAAGUGAGACACUUUGCCAAGUUUCCUCUGUAUAGGAUUCACCUUUUUCUCAAACGUUUUAAAACUCAGACUUCAACCUUUGCACUCAGGAGGGGUUUGCUCCAGCAUGAGCUCUUGUACUCGACAUAGACCUAAUUUACACAGUGAGUCAAGACGUAGAAUAAACGACCCACCAUAGCCUUCCUCUUCCUGUUCUCUCUCCUUUGGGGUGUGAGUUGAGUUCUCGCUUCAGGUUUAUCACACGGCUAUUUCCCGGUUGUAAAGUUACCGCAUUCAUAAGUGCCAUUGUUGUAAGGUGUUGUUUUCCUAGACCUCCCCUGACGCGGUUUUACCUUUGUUGAAUUUGUAUAAACAAUUGUACAAAAAAAAAA